AUGACAAAGCUCGCAGAGGCCAGGAAAUGGAAUCAGCCCUAUGAUACUCCUGACCCGACGGCCCCAUCUGCCUACCAACGGGAGAUAUAUUCCUCUUUCUCGAAGCCAGUAUUCUCAACGAAGCCAGAAGAGUGGGAAAAGCUGGCCAAGGCGAAAGUCCCUGCAGAGAACUUUGGUUAUGUCUACGGCUCGGCAUCGAGCUUCAAGACAUACAAAGCGAAUCUAAAGGCGUUCGACCGGUAUCGUUUGAGGCCUCACAUGCUGGUCAACGCCACUCUACGAGAUACGAGUGUCAAUCUGUUCGGCACCACUUAUAGGACUCCAAUAAUCGUGGCUCCUGUUGGUGUCCAGAAUAUCAUGCACUCGGAUGCUGAGGAAGCCACGGCAAAAGCAUGUCAGAAAGUCAAGGUACCGAUGAUCCUUUCCACUGCUGCUACCAGGACUAUCGAGCAAGUUGCAGCUGCGAAUGGAGAUGGCGAUAGAUGGUAUCAAUUGUAUUGGCCCAAGCCACAAGAAGAAGCUAUCACCGCCAGCUUGCUGAAUCGAGCCAAAGCAAAUGGCUACAAAGUGCUCGUCGUGACUCUUGAUACCUUUACACUGGCUUGGCGGCCAGAGGACCUCGAUAACUCGUACUUGCCUUUCUUAUGGGGCGAUGGCUGUCAGAUUGGCCAUUCUGACCCAGUGUUUCAAGAACGCUACGCUGAGAUCCUCGCGGGCGAUACUCGGUCAGCUUCGGAGAAGAUAGCUGAGGCGUGGAACCUGGUCAAACGACCUGGCACUCCUUUAGGAGCCCUGAAGAUCUUGGCCAAUGCCUCGAAGCUCAAGAAAUCUCAAGCCUGGCUCGACGUCAUGAACUCUGGCACUUACCGAGAAUGGCGCCAUCUUGAAAUUAUCAAGAAGCUGUGGGAUGGUCCUAUCGUGCUCAAAGGUAUCCAGACGAUAGAGGAUGCACACAAAGCGAUCGAAUACGGGAUGGACGGCAUCAUUGUCUCGAACCACGGCGGGCGUCAAGUCGAUGGUGCCAUUGCGUCACUCGACGCACUGGCGGAAAUCGGUGCUGACGAGAAGGUCAAACAAUCUGGCUUGACUCUUCUGUUCGACAGCGGUAUUCGGACCGGUGCCGAUGUGUUGAAGGCAAUAGCUCUCGGAGCAAAGGCAGUCUUGGUGGGAAGACCGUACAUGUAUGGCCUCGCAAUCAAAGGACAAGCAGGUGUCGAGCACGUUCUCAAGAGUAUCAUGGCUGAUACGGAUAACACACUUGCCAAUCUGGGCAAGAAAUCUGUACAAGACUUGAGCAGAGAAGAUCUGCAGAUUCGGCACGACUCCAAGUUGUAAUUCUGCAGUGCAGUAGACAGUAGGAGGUAGUCUUCAACACAGUACACGAGUCAGCCGAUGUGAUGUCUGCGGACGGACUUCACUCGGAACAUGGUUCUGACGGGAGCAGGGUACAUCCUAGUAGAAGUCUGAGGUGCUGCUUGUCCUUCUCACUCAGCAAUCAGCAUCAUAGCUCUUGGCAACCAUAGCAUCUCCUUCAAAUUGUCUUGCG